AAUGUAAAUAUAAAAUAUCUCUUAACAAAAUCUCUUGGUAUAUGGUUAAGAACUAGAUGAGAGGCGUGCCUUUGACUGCACGUGCGCAGUUCGGCGUGGCACAAACGUAAAACUUGAUGACGUUUUCUGUGUUUGGAUGGUCUUAGAGACAUAUCUGGUAAUUAUUCGUAAACAUACCAGUUCCGUACUACUGAGGUUAUGAGUCCGUUUUAAAAUAACUCAGUUUUAACUUGGCAAUGAAGUAGCCUAUAAGCGUAUUUAGGAAAUUAUGUUGGAGACUUCUAACCGUCUACCCGGAAGUUUUAACUUCACCGGGAAAAUUUAAGAAUCAUCAUCUUAGCAUAUAUAUUAAAAUGCAACGUGAAAAGGGUGUAAAAGCUAAAGAAGUGAUUGAAUCACUUCGUAAACUUCUAUCAUCACUUGGAGUGGAGUGUGUACCUAGCGCAGAAACCUUCAGACGGGCCAAAUUUAACAAAGAUGAUGAUGUGGUGGUGGAGUUCUGGAAGUUCCUCCAUAAUAUUCUUCUAAAUGCAUUUAAGCUGGAAUGCUCUUGCCAAACCCAAUCCGACCUUGACAGUCAGUCCAGGCAUGUGAGAUUUGCACUCUGGCAUUGUGGUUAUGGUGCCAGCUGGAUUGUUGGGCAGAAGCCUGGCAGUAGUUACUCAAGUGAAGCUGGGAGCCGAGAUCUGCUGGUAGCAUUUGGUUGGGUACUGUCUUCACAGAGCCUGUUGGAGGUCAUGCUGAAAGCUAGAGUCCUGGAACUGGAUACUCUGUCACUCCCACCCAUGGUCUCACUGUGCAUCCCCAAAGAUGAAGGCUCCCCUGGGGCUGUGACUGGAGAAGAAGACCUGAAAGAGGGGGAAGUGAAGCCGUCAGAAGACCAGCUCCUCAGGAGACUCCUGUGGCAUUAUGGAAAAGUCCGGUUCCGAUGGCGGAGCUUGCUCUCUGUUCAAGAAGAACGAGCGAGAAUCCUUCACAAGCUCCUUUCCUUGACCAGCACCCCCUCAUCCUCCCAGUCCUCUUGUUCUGCUGUCCAUGAAACAGGCUCUGCUGUCCUGAGAAAGGAGGUGGAGCGUCUGCGGGCUCUCAUUGACCUGCAGGAGGCCUACUUGGAGUGGAAGAGGCAGGAGCCGCUCUUCUGGUGUUGGAUGGACAGUGUUUUGGCCUGCCAGCUCUCCCACCCGAGGCCUGAGGACGGGGAGGAAGACGUGUCGUCUAUGCACCGGGUUGUCAAUAGUUCCUGUUCCCGUGUUGACAAGGACAGGGAAAAUCUAGUACGAUUGGACCGCCUCAUGCUGAGGCUACAGACGGGCCUGCGGGACAGCAGACACCAUCUCACAACCCAGAGCAGAAAAGCUCUUUCAGACGUCAAGGAGUUGGAGGAAAUUAGAAAGAGAGUUGCUCUCCGGAUGCAGGCCUGGGCUGAGUCAUACACUUCCCCCACCACAUCUGGACGCGCUGGUUACAGGCCAAGCCUCCAAGGGCCAGAGACACUUCCAACCCACCGCCAGCCUCGCGGGCCAGGGAUUGGACCCCCAGCCUGGGAUGCGCCGCCGGACAGGGAGCGUGGGACAGUGGGAGUUCAGGUCCGGGCCUCCUCUGUGAUCGGAGAGCUCCGGCAGAGAGAGGAGCUCUUGUUAGAAGAACUGACCCGGAUGAGUCAGGCCAGGCGGGAGGAGUUCCAGGAGCGGACAGCCUGCCAGCUGGAGGGGGUUGGAGUUGUCUUCAUCCCCCCUGUUCCCCUCAAAAGAUAAACACCUAACAAGAUACUCAUUUUUGUGAACAGGAGGACGUUCAGCUUGGUGGUUGGGAGAUGCCAUAGGAUAAUAUCUAGCAGGUAGAAAGCCUGUCAGACGUACCAUUAAUGUGGCUACUGCUAGAGGCUAAUGGGAUGGGCCGAAUGUUAUUGACCUUGAAAUGCAUCUGAUGUGUGAUAGUCAAGAUAUUGCUUAUACUUUUCAUCAUGUCUCUCCUAGGUGGAUCUCUUGGGUGGGUUGCUGUGUGUGUGUGUGUGUGUGUGUGUGUGUGUGUGUGUGUGUGUGUUUACAUGAAAUUCACUGCGGGAGAGAAUAAAUGCGUUGUGGGCUGGUUGUUAA